UAGUGUAAAAUAUAAAUAGUUUUGAAGUUAGGUUUAAAGUUUUACUUUUGGAGAAGAACACAUUGAAACUUCAAAUAUAGAGUUUUGGAAACUUCAAAAUAAAGUUCCUUUUUGGAGAUGCUCUUAGACUGAUUGUUUAUUCUACCGGAACGUUCAUAUUCUAAAUAACAUGUUUGCUGAUCCCUACCAAAUGGGAGAUAUCAAACAAAAUUUCACAUUGUUAGUUUGGACAAAAAGUGUUUAAUAUGUAAAGAGAUAUGUAAUUUUAAUUAGUACGUAUUUUUUUGUAAAUGAGCUCAAAAAUAAAUCCAUGCAGAUUUGCUUCUUAAAUUCAAAGUGCACAAUAUCGUAUUAAUCUGAUAAUAGAGAAUUGAACAUAGGCUAAAAAAAACCCAACAUCAAAUCAAGAAUUGGUGUGAUCAUAUUCUACAGUGGAGGUUUAAUGGAGAUGUUUAGGGUUUCUUAAGGUUACAAAUCAUAUUUUGGUCAUCACUGAUGACUCUCAGCGUAACAGGUAUAUAUAUAUAUAUAUACAAAGAUUAUUGAUUAGUUAGCUUAGGGUUGAUCUUCUGACUGUUAGGGAAUAUUGUUAUCAUUAAAUGCAUGAAGAAAAUUUACAAAAGCUAAUGUUAAACAAAUUAAUUUAUUGGGAGACAAAAGUUAGCACAGUGAAUGAUAUUACUAUUAUUCUUGAGAUGAAAUGUCACAGUCAUUCUUUGAGGGACAUACUCCUCAUCUCUUCUUGUUUAUUAAUUGUUCAUUUGUUAUUAUUAUACUUUGUCUUUUGCUCUUUCUCCUCCACUCAAAUUUGCUAUUUCAUUUUCCCAUUUUUAUUUGUUUGUUUGGUUUAUUUAAAUUCUCAGCUUCUUUACAAAUCUUUCUCAGCUGACAAAAAAAAUACAAAUCUUCUCAGUUCUUCUUGAAAUUAGGGUUCCUCUUUCUUUAAGAGGCCUAAAACCCUAAUAUAUCCUUCUCAUUGACUAAAGAGUUAAGCCUACUCUAUCUACUUUGGAAGCAAAUUUCAAAGGUAAGAAAAAGCCCUUGAAACAGGAAGAAAGAUACACUUAAUCGUCAAAGAGCUUAAAGAUUUAAAGGCAGGUAUAAAAAUUCAAAAAGAAAUGGCUUCCUCAUCAUCAAAUACGUACAACUCACCAUGCGCGGCGUGCAAGUUUCUUCGCCGUAAAUGCAUGCCGGGAUGCAUAUUCGCGCCAUAUUUCCCACCGGAGGAGCCACACAAGUUCGCCAACGUCCACAAAAUCUUCGGAGCAAGCAAUGUCACUAAGCUCCUCAACGAGCUACUCCCUCACCAGCGUGAAGACGCAGUCAACUCCUUAGCCUACGAGGCCGAGGCACGAGUCCGUGAUCCUGUCUAUGGCUGCGUCGGAGCCAUCUCUUAUCUCCAGAGACAAGUUCACAGGCUUCAGAAGGAGCUUGACGCCGCUAAUGCUGACUUGGUUCACUACGGUAUGUCCACGUCAACACCUGGUAACGUCGUCGACUUGGUGUUUCAGCCUCAGCCAUUUCCGCCGCAGCCGUUGAAUCCGGUUUAUAGGCUUUCCGGGUCGAGCCCGGUGAUGACUCAGCAGCCACGUGGUACCGGAGGGUCGUAUGGGACUUUCCUUCCUUGGAACAAUGGUCAUGAUCAGCAAGGAGGUAACAUGUGAGAGUGUAUAAAUUAUGUGUGUUUUCUAUCUAUUCAUCUCUCUCUUUAUAUUAUGUGUGUGUGUGUGGUAAGACUACAAUAUAAUAAGCUGGAUUUUUUUUUUCUAGCCAAUUAAUUUAUAAAUGCAUGGACAAUUCUUAUUUAUUUAUGAUGAGGUUUAUAUAUUGUGGUUUA